UUUAUCACCGCAGACACCUGUGUGUGACUCAGACCGCUCCGGACCUGCAAGACAGCACCUGGCAAAGGUGAUUUGUUGGUGUGUUUUGGUGAUGAUGAAUAUUCUGGAGGACGUUCCUUUUCAGACCCCUUUGGGACCGUUAGGUGUUGAGAUACAGAUGUCGACUUUACCUGAUAUUUCUGUACCACAAUGCCAUCAGAUCAUGCAGGAAACUGAGUAUGGAUUCAAUCUGGAGAGAUGGAUUUUAACUGGGCAGCAGCCGGUGAUUCAGGUUCCCUCUUGCCCCCCCUACUGGCUGAUGUUCAGCACCCCUCAAGAAACUCGCAAGCUCACUCAAAGGGGCCAGGAUCUGUGGGCCCCCCGGCCCCGCAGUCACAGCCUGAGCUCCGCGGAGGGCUGCUGGUUGCACCACCGCGCCGUCAAGUUCCUCCCAGCUGACUCCGAUGAAGAAGAAGAUGGCUCAUACAUGGAUAACGCGGGGGGGCCCAGAGUGCGGCCCCGCAGUGACGCGGCCAGGGACCCAGUCUCCAGGGUCAAAGACAUGCACCUCACUCAUUCCUCUCACCGCGGCAAGCUGGGGUCGUCUCCGGUCCUCAAAGGCCACAGAACCACGUCUUCUCUCCCGGACUGCAGACCAGCUUUACGCGCGCUGGAGCAGCUCAGAUCACAGCAGGCAAGCCCGCUGUCUCAGGCGCAGAAGAGCAGCAAGAAGAGGCAACGCUCUCUAGACAGAAGGAUCUCCCAAAACACUCCGCCCGCCGGGCAUUCUCCAUCCAGGCCGCUGCAACAACGACCCUCCUCGGCUGGAUCUGCUGUCAAAAACCGCAGGAGAAAGGUCCUGACAACUCCUGGUUCUCGUGGGGUUUUCUUUGACUCGGCAGCAGAGCUUCUGACAGCUCUCAGCCAGGAGGAGAGGGAGCUACUGGAAACCAUCACAGAGAAAGGAUACCCGUUACGCACUGCCAUCCUGGCUCUGCAGAAAACUGGCUAUCAGAGCCCAGAGAAGGUCCUGAAAUACCUGGUUGCAUGCGAUCGUCUUUGCCAGCUGGGCUAUGAUGAGGCACAAGUGGAGGAAGCUUUGGAGAUGUUUCAGAAUUGUGAGAGCAAGGCUGCAGAGUUCCUCCACUUGCUGACUCAGUUUGAUGAGAUGGGCUUCCAGCAGAGCGCAAUCAAAGAAGUGCUGCUUGUUCAUGAAAACCACCGUGAGCGGGCUCUGGAGGAGCUGAUGACUCGCAUGGCUUAGGUGGUCCAGUCUGA